AUGUCUUUUUCAGCCGAUGCAUUACACACUGAUGAGCCGCCUCCAGUCUACAGCGCUUGUGACACAACUCAACUAGAACCACAAGAACAACAAAGCCACAAGGCAUCCUCACAAACACAGUCCACGCCACAAAUUAUCACAAGCGAAGAGAAGGUGCUGCCGCAUUAUCAUAAAGUAAUAGAUACAAGAAAGACAGCUUACACUGCUAGGAUAUUUAUUGCUGGUGAUGUUGGAACUGGAAAGGCAUGUUUGAUGUGGACUUAUAAAAACGAGAAAAUGACCCCACAACGUGAAUGUCCACUUGAAGACAACUACUACAUGAAGAUGAAAGGACCUUUUAGUAUGCCCUUUCUUUUAAAAAUUCUGCAUGCUAGUGUUAGGGGAGACGUGGAAGAACUUUGUCUGAGACAACUGCUUUCCAUUUCCGAAGACAUUGUCUUACUAUGUUUUGCAAUGGAUAACGUUGAGAGCUUGUUAAGUAUUAGAGAUAAAUGGUAUGCCAUGAUGAAAAGGCUGGUUUAUUCAAGGAAAGUCCCCAUUAUACUAGUAGGAACAAAAGGUGAUUUAAAGAGUCACAUGCUGCCAAAUAUUCCACAACAAAUUGCCAGAGAGAUUGGUGCAAUUGCAUACAUUCAAAGUUCAACUAGGGACAUCCUUAGUGUCCAGAAUGUGUUCAAUUUUGCCCUUCAGCAUUUACAUGAACAAUGGAAUAGUGGAUUAAACAAAAUCUACGAAAAAAGCCUUGAGCCAGAGUUAUUCGAGGAGAGGGUUUUAAAGGAAGAGAAUCUGAAAAGUAAGAGUACGAAAUUACGUGGCAUGCUUGCUGCAAACCCAAAUCGGGUCCAGUUUGGUUUUCUGAAACUGAAUGUCGUGGAAACGAAAGCAACGGUUGUAAUUUCCAGUCAAAAUAGUCUAUUUUUAAAUGAAAAAAGGAGCAAAAAGUAA